AUGAACGGCAAACUCCUGGCUGUCCUGGCUCUUCUCCUUUCAGCAGCUCUGUCUCAAGGCAGGGCCCUGGCAAGGAUGGGAACCGAGCUGCGGUGCCAGUGCAUCGCCACUCAUUCCAGGUUCAUCCCUCCCAAGUCCAUCCAGGAUGUGAAGCUGACACAGAGUGGUCCUCACUGCAAGAACGUGGAAGUCAUAGCUACUCUGAAGGACGGCAAAGAGGUGUGCUUGGAGCCCACUGCUCCCUGGGUACAGCUGAUCAUCAAGGCAAUUUUGGCCAAGGCUCAACUCAACUCCGAUUCACCACUCUAAGAGACACCGGGACGGAAGAGAUCUGGGAGCUGCUUCCUGCUCCUCUGCCGAGAGGAACACUUGGGCAAAGCAUC